GAGAAAUAAAGUGGAAGUUGGGAGCCGGAAGCAAACCGAUCUCACCGUGUAAACAAACUGCAGUGUUGAAGUGUUCGGUCAGCUACUGUGGUAUUGUCAUAACUCUGAGACAGUAAUGGUGGUGACGUGAAUGACAUACUUGUAAAGGAAAACAGUGAUCCGCGGCAGAGUGAGGAAAUGGAGAACUGUUCCUACGUGUGUGCAGAAUGCUUGCAAGCUUUUGAUUCUGUUAAUGUCUUCAAUAAGCAUGAGUGCCAGAUAAAUACGAUAAAUAGACAAGAAUCUUCAUUUCCUUUUGAAGAAGAUCAAGCACUGAUAAAAAAUUCAGCCCUGGCAUCCCAUCCAGCAACUACAGUUACUUAUAUUGAAUUAACUGAUGGAAGGAAAGAAGAGCUUCAUGAUUCCAUUUCCCAGAACCCUAUUCAAACUGUACAAAAACAGGUAGGCGAUGAAACAGGGUCAUCUGGAUUGGCAGACAUAAGAGGAUCCUCAUUUUCUAAGUCAGCAGAUGUGGAGUUAGAUGAGAAUGAACCUAGUAAGAAAAAUGUGAAGAAAAGGAAAAAAUAUGUAGCCAUGGAUGAAUCUUACCGUCUCAAUAGGACCAUGAGAGAUAAGGAUUUCAAGCUUGCAAGGAGUAAUUUUUAUUCCUUCAAAGACACUCUUGGAGACUGGGAUGAACGAUCUACUCAGCUGCUUAUUCAACUUAUUCACAAAUAUCCUCUGACAUAUUUCUUGUUGCCUGUAAAGAAUGAAAGAAGAAUGGGUCACUGGGAGAAGUUGCAUAAAGAAAUGGAAACAGCUGGAUAUAAUUUCACUAUUCUUCAGCUUCGUAUGCGAUGGAGAGAGGUGCUUCAGAAGUAUCGAUGGACGGUGAAUUACAAUGAUUUCCAUGAGAUCAAGAAGCGAUGUGAAUACUUUGAUGAAAUGAAUGAGCUCUGUGGUGACUGGGACAAAGAAGCCACCCAAGCUCUGCUCAGACAAAUGCACCGUGUGAAGCGAGAGAAUCAAGGGAAAAAGAUUGUAAGGAUUGGCUACAGUGGAUGGGAGAAAAUAACAGAAAAUUUGAACAUGGAAGGACAUAAGUACACAAUACAGAUGGUUGAGGGAAGGUGGCGUAACUUAGUGACACUAUACAAGACCAUGGUUGACCACAACAGUAUACCAAAUGUUGAGCCACAGACAGUGGCAUAUAAGGAAGACCUUGAAGAACUAGUAAAGUAUGUCCCUCAACGACGUAAUAACUAUGAAAAGAAGGUUGGAAGAUCAGUUAAAAUGGAAAGAUUCCCAUCGAGUGGAUGCCGCAUCCUUUUACAAGCUUACAAAGACUGCAUAAGUCUUUUUAUGAAUCCAGAUAUUGAUAACAAAAUUGUAUGGGAUGAGAUUACUCAGAAACUUGAAGAUGAGGGCUUCAGUUUUGCAACCUGUAAAUUGAAGGAGAUUCUCACAGGAAUGAUAAAGGGCUUUGAAAAAUGCCAGCAUCACAACAGCUUGCCAGGAGCCAUUCGCAGGGAUGUGCCAUACUACAGAGAACUGGCCGAGGUAUAUGGAGUGUAUGGGCGCUGGCCACACAUACAGAUUUCAAGAACAAUGGAGAUGAGAACUAAAAGGAAAUAUCGUCUCAGACUACAGGUAAGCCAGCAACUGUGGCUCUUUGAAGAAUCACAAGCUCUUCUGCAAGUCUAUCCUGAUAUACUAGAAGCACAUGUGAACCAGUAUUCAAGUCAUCAGCCCAGUGACCUUUGGCUCCAAGUAGCAAAGGCAUAUGCUGCCACUGGCCACCCAAAACGAGAUGUUCCUGAGAUUGCGGUUCAUGUUGGAUUGCUACGACAAGGCUAUGCUCAAAAUAAUAGGUUUCCUUUCAUUGAAGAGAUGCGAAAAGUUAAAGAAACAGAAGAAGCUGUAUGUUAUAGUCCUGAUGUUUCCAAGUACACAGGGGAAGUGGAGAUUACCUACUGGAGUCAUGAAGCUGUUAACCUUCUUCUGGACUUGUAUAUCAAGUACCAGUCAGCAGCAACUUCUUCUCAUGCCAGCAGAAAUGAAGUUUUCUCAAAAAUUUAUGAUUCAAUGAAAGACACUGGAUAUAAAUACACAAAAGAUGGAAUAUCAGAGCAGUUUAAGUUUCUUUUGACUCAAUACAACACAAGAAAGUCAAAUCCAUGGAUGCUUCCUCGUGUAGGACGUCAGAGCCACAAUCCUGUUGGUGCACCUUAUGUAGACAAGUUGCAGAAAAUCUUGGAACUAAGGAGACAGAUGUCAUUAAGUUGGACCAAAGGAGUGAAACCGCUCCUGCCACAAGCUCAGAAGAUUUUGUUACAAGUAGCUUGCCAGAAAGCUGAGGAACUUCUGAUAGAGUUGGCAACUGAAAGAGAAAAGAAGCUCUUACUUGGACAGAUAAUUGAUGGAGUUACUGUUCACCUUAGGACACAUCAACUCAUAGAUCCAGUCCCACACACACGUCAGGUUCGCCUGCACAUUGCUGAUGCCAUAAAGAACUUCGACAUGACAAAUGAGAACAAAGAUAUUGCACGCCUCUACAAGCUCUUCAAAGAUUUUGACAUGCUGGGUCUAAUUUGUUAUUUAUCUCUUGAGCCUACAAAUUAUGAUUACAGAAUGGAGUCUAAGAAGAAACCAUCUUUAACAAAUUCUGUGCAAAAUGGAAAUGGUUCAGAAAUAGAAGAGGAUUCUUCCAACAACAUCAACACAGGAUGGAUUUUGGAAGAAGAGUUUGAUGCAGUGAAAAAUCAAGACAAGGCUGAUGAGGCUUGUGAGUAUCUAGCUCUUGCCAUAUGUCACAUGAGCAGAGUAGGUCAGGAUCAUAUGACUGUUGUUAGCAAGGAAAGGAAUGUAAAACAGGAAAAUAUUACAGGUAUUUUAAGUAACACAGGCACAAAUUCAGAGCAUGUUAAUUGCUUAGAAAUUUUAGAUUCCUUAGACAGAAAUUUAGUGAUGAAAUUUGAUAAUGCUAGUGUUCCUACUUCAGGCAAAUCUUUGAAACCACAACAUGUAGAAGGUAUGGUGACAAAAAAUACAGAAACUACUCCAUCUUUCAGUAAAAACAUAUGUAUGAAUACUUCUAAGAGAGUUUGUGCUGAUGGUGUCUAUGGUAAGGUCUUUGGGAAAGUGCAUUCUGCAUUCCCAGUUUCUUGUAUCAGGCAAAGUAAUAGUAUGCUGUAUACCAUUUCUGAUGAAUCUGAUAGCAAUUUUAGUUUACUGUUGCCAAAAGAACUCACAUUAAAUGUGGAAAGUGCUCUUGCUAAUGAAAAAGAAUUUACUAAAAAACAAAGCAAGAGUAGAAUUAAUAGAAGAUUGUGUCCAGAGGAUUUUAUGCUUACUAUCAAUGAUUCAGAACCAGACACUGUACUAAAGAAUGAGGCCAUGAACUCUGAGGGUGAUGAGCAAUCAGACUCUGUAUCUCAGAAUGCUGAACAUAACCUAAAAACAAAAAUUAUUAAAACUCGUUCUGGCAGAAAAACUCGCUUUACAUUUUUUUCUCAGACUCUUAAUGAUGAUUUUGAUGACAGUGACUUGCCCUGUGAAGACACUAACUCUCCAUCAAAAAAGAUAAAGUUAGAAUUUGAGUCAGACAAAUCUCCCCUUAUUAAACGAAAAAGAGGAAGGCCCCGAAAGGUCUCAAGUGAAAGUCUUGCUCUUGAUAAUAAUGUGGUUGAUGAUAUUACUGUUGUUCAUAGUGAUUCCAUAUUGUAUGACGAGUCAUUUAAUCCACAAGAAGUUAGAGGUUUUAAUUUGCCUUUCAAAAUGAGCACAUCAUCACCAGAUCCCAUCCUGUCACUCAUCACAGGUCAUAUCACAAUGAAAACUCAACAAGAAGAGAAGUUAUUGAAAAUGAUGAAAGACCAUCAAAGAGAACAAUCUGAUAUUUUGAAGGAAAUUGGCAGUAUCAUGGAUGAGCUAUGUGAUAAGAUGAAAAAAAAACAAAUAAUUACUUGCAGUGACUUUAGUUUUAAGGAGUAGGCAUUGGGUGUCAGCCAUUAUGGAGGCAAUCUUGGGGUGGCAUGCAUAAUCUGGCUGUCAUAUAUGGUAGUCUUUCUGUGCCAAAUUAAUUCCUGUAAUAUAUAUGGUCUUCCAAUUACUGUAUGAAAGACAUUUACAUCUUUUAUAUCUUGUGAGAUUUCACUACCCAUUAAUUUCUUUGUUAUGCCUUUUUGGUAAAUUUUUACUUUCUUGACUGUCUCAAACUGUGAUGGCUGCCAUGUUCUUGAUCUUGCUCUUGCUGUUAGCAUUUUAACCUAAGUAAAUAUAACUAAACUUAGCCUAACCUGACUAAACCUAACCUAACUUAACCUAACCUAACUAAACCUGACCUAACUAAACCUAGCCUAACUAAACCUAACCUAACUAAACCUAACCCAACUAAACCUAACCCAACUAAACCUAACCCAACUAAACUGGUAAAUAUGAAAUAGAGCCGCAGCAGUAGUAGGCAGCUUCCCAUUUAUUUUUGGUGGCUAGGAGCAUUAUAAUAAAUUUCUCACAGGCAUAUAUAUGGGGUUGAAAAAUGCUCAAAAUAAAAGGCUCUAUCUGAUGAGAGAGGUAAUAAUUGCCACAGUUCCAUGGGCAAGAAAGUAAUAUAAUACUAUCUUUUCUUGGAUGUCACACUGCAUUUGAGGAAUGGUGAUCCAGUAUAAGAAGCACUAAAAUUAGACUAUGACAAAAUGCCCAAUUUACAAUGUUGUUGUUGUUGUUGUUGUUGUUGUUGUUGUUGUUGUUGUU